AAAAAAAAAAUACAUUACACAUUUUGCCGUUUGCGAAGAUAAGAACGAAUUGUUUUAGCGAUUGGCGAUGAAAUUUUGACAAUUUUUCGUAUAAUUAAGUAAUCUUACGUUCAACUAAUAUUUUGAACUGAAAUUGUGACAUAUAAUUGACUAAAAAACAUCAACCAUGAGUGACCAAUCGAUUGUAGACAAGACUAUGCGAUCAGUUUUCGUCGGUAAUAUACCGUACGAAGUAUCUGAAGAAAAACUAAAAGACAUAUUCAGCGAAGUCGGACCAGUACUUUCGUUCAAAUUGGUUUUCGAUCGAGAUUCCGGUAAACCGAAAGGUUAUGGAUUUUGCGAGUAUAAAGAUCAAGAGACAGCUCUGAGUGCGAUGAGGAAUCUGAAUAAUUACGAAAUCGCCGGACGAAACCUUCGGGUUGAUAAUGCUUGUACUGAAAAAUCUCGACUAGAAAUGCAAUCAUUAAUGCAAAGUACGCAAGUUGAAAGCACUUACGGUGAAUCUAUUAGUGCGGAAAAGGCUCCUGAAGUUAUUAGUAAAACUAUCGCGAUGCUACCGCCUGAGCAAAUGUACGAAUUAAUGAAACAAAUGAAGCAUUGUGUUCAGAAUAAUCCUACGGAAUCGCGACAGUUAUUGUUACAAAAUCCUCAAUUAGCGUACGCUCUGUUACAAGUUAUGAUCGUUAUGAAAGUAGUUGACACGUCGACUGCUUUGGCUAUGCUACAUCCGCGGAAUGUGGUCCCUCCAGUAUUGACAUUAUCAACAACUACCACUCCAUCGACGGUGGUAAAUAAUGGAACAUCGACUUCAUCGUCGUCAUUUUCUGAUACCCGUCCAGUUUCAUCGAGCGAUCCCAAUACUUCAUUUUGGAAUAACAUGAAUAAUAAUAAACCAUCCGGUCCCGUUCCUAGUAUUUCAUCAAUUCAACCACCUCCUCUACCGCCCAUGGUCCCAAUAAAACAGGACUUGGAUAUGCGUACACCGGAUUUAAAUACUAUGAGUAAUCGGUUCAACGAUCAAGAUCUCAGAAUACCACCACAGAUGCCUUCAUUUCCUCAACCUGAAAUGUUUAAAAGAGAUCCGCGUUUACAAAAUCAGCAAAUGCCCGAUAAUAUUCCAUUCCCAGGCUUAGUUCCUCCUCCGGGCAUGAUUCCGCCACCGAAUAUACCAAUGGGAUUAAUUCAAAUGCCCGGAGGUAUGCCCGUCCUACCUCCCAACAUGCCUAGAAUGAUACCACCACCGGGACCUUUGCCAGCUCAUUCUAGACCAUCGCAGCCCCUCAGUGGACCUUCGUCUACCCCGGUGACCAGCGAGAGCGAUAUCAAACCUCCAUUACCGACCAGUGGAAGUGAUAGCGAGAAGAACAAGGCCGAGUUAAUUAUGCGAGUGAUGCAACUGUCAGACGAACAGAUCGCAUUGUUACCGGUCGAGCAAAAACAGAGUAUUUUAGUACUGAGAGAGCAGAUCGCCAAAGCCAGAAGCGCUAAACGAUAAUUUAGCUGCGGUUGUUUGGAAUUAUAUCUCUUCCAUUUGUUCAACAUUCAGUUACCGCUGCAAAAUAUUUUGAGUUGGAAUUAUGACCGAAGUUUGCUAGUUUGUGUGUGUGUGAAUAUUUUUUUACCGGCUUGCCCGGUCGUAUGGUGACAGAGUUUUGCGAUUGUUUUCUGUACUUUCAUCAUUACCUCAUCACUUUUGUAUAUUAUUUAUUAAAUAUAAUUUUUGCGUUUUAAA